AUGAUGUGGGACGAAGAAAGCUCCAUGUUCGACGAGGUGAUGGGGAUUGAUCAGCUACUCAACAGCCUCUACAUGGACCAACCGACAGAGACCCUGCCACGCCGAAACCUACCAGGCGAAGAAGAACUCAGCCUGGGCGCACUUCUCCUACAAGUUUUACUUGCUGCUGUUAUUCGCUUUUCGUGGCUGCUUUGGAGACUCUCCAUGUCAAUAUGGAUACUGCUUUACUACCCCUAUAUUCGGUGCCUUUUGAACAUUCGCAUUCCCUUCUUCGUUGGUCUGACUGCUUGGCUUGUGCUCCUUACGGACCACGAUCCUCUCAGUUUCACGACUAGGGGCAGACCAGCUGGAGUCUGGUUUACCUCAGCCGAUUUGUAUCAACUGUGGUAUUGGUUCGCUGCGCCAAUCUUAUGCCGAACUGUAUAUCAUUUCCCAAGCCUUCUGAGAGACAUACAUGCCAAAGCUGCCCAGGAUUUCAACGAUGCAAUUGAGGUCGACAUCGGCCUAUCGGAAUAUGUCAUCGAGUGCUAUAAGCCUACACCUCCGCAGUCAGUUUCUGAUUAUGCCUUCCGCCUCUUGUUGCGUGAAAUACACCUAGACAGAGUCGAUGCAAAUAUCGACAAUCCAGAAUAUGAUCGGAAGAGUCGUACUCUGUUGCCACGAGUGGAAAGUAAUGCGCAUCUGGGCUGGGAUAAGUACUCCGAAGUCCUGGAUAAAAGGAAACAAAGGCGGGCUGCGUGUCACAAAGGACCUGUGGUUCACCGUUUGCGACUUGGACCCGAUGGCCAACUGGCGGCCGAUACAGACGGAAAAAGAGAGACACCGAAUAUAUUGAUUGUGGAGUAUUCCCAUACAGAUGAGCCGAAUCCUGUGCAUCUUCUUGAAUGGACGCUUCAGAAGAUGCGUAAGACGGGCACCAAGUUGAACGACCUACCAGUCCCUAGUACGGGCGGAAGAGUCUUGACGGACGACUUGGGAGAGCGAUGCGGCCCGAACAACGAAUGUAUCAAGGCUUCAGGUAUAUCGUCGCCUAGUUUGACUGUUGAGACCUCAGUUGACAAGGGAGCAAAGUUUCUGUCGUCUACCGAGAUUCCAGACGACCAGAAACAACAGACAGAAUAUGUGCGUGCCUCUGAGGAAUUAGAGCUUUCGCUUAUUGAUGUGGAUGAUGAUGUGGAAAAUGAGCUGACAGCUGAUUGUUGUGGGAAGAAAGAACAUGUAGACAGCCCUGAAGCAUUACUUACUACGGAUGAAGAGAUGCGAAGUGGGCCGAUCACGUUGAAAACCGAGCAUACACAAACAGAAGAUAUUGUGGCUGCUCGUGGAACAGCUGCGGAAGAACACUGGCGUGUCUCUGAGAUGGAUCUCGACAUGUUGGACGGCUUGCCAAACGAUGUCCAGAUCUUACCCUCGGCAGAAGCUCAGCUAACACCCAACCCUACAGAACAGCAACAGCCCAUACUCGAGGAAAAUUACUCCAAAUCCAGAUACGGUUCAGAAGAGACCUAUAGAUCUCCCGAAAAGGGACCUGUAUCCACUGGAGAUCACCAAACGGAUUCCGACGAGUUCUCAUAUGCCGCACAGAAACCAGUAUCCCCUACCGCAGAAAACGAUUUCGCACUCAGGUCUGCGCCCCUUGCGCUCGGGAAUGAAAGAGAUGUAGUUGAAAUCAUAAAGCCACAGGAAAUGCGGAUGGCCAUACAGAUGCAGCUGCCCUUUACGUCGGAACCUGAGCCAACCGCUGAAGAUUUACCACUUACUGUUGACGAUGGUUGCGACUCAUUCGAAAACGAAGUGUCCAAAAAAAUCGAAGAUGAUGCCAAUUUCAAAAUAAAUGCUUCAGUACUAACUGAGAUAAUAUCUCAGAGCAAGUCACGGUCUGAUUCGAAUGACAAAGAGAAAGAUGAAGCUUUCUUCCCACUGUGGGAACAGAUUACCCAGGAAGAUGGGGACCAAGCCAUGGCGGACUUCCUGGAGCCUGAAUUUCAAGAAGAGAGCGAUGAAAUGAAUAUUGACUCUCAGGAAGAUUGCGACAUGUUUGAUGAGCUACAUCCGGAUGUAUUUCGGAGCGAGGAAUGGUGUCCACAUGAAAAUACCAUAGCCAUGGAUAUAGAUGAUAUGGAGGACCUAGCCAUGGAUACGGGUGAUAUGGAGGAUGCAAACUCUCAGCAAGAAAUCGAAAUGGUUCAUGUUUCUGGACCAGAAACUCUGGAUAUGCAAACACCCGGGGUAGCUGAUCGAUGGGUUCACGUCACAUUAGCUGGAAUAUCGGAUGAACAACCCGCUGCCUACACGAUGUCGCAGCAGAUGCAGACCCCAAUUGACUCAUGCCACUUGAUGAAGGCCAUGGAAAUAGCCGAUUCUGAUCCACUGAAGAGCCAGGCGAAACUAGAAAGCGCUGAGGCAGCUGUUAUGGGCAAGAAUGACACAGUCAGUCGAGGUAGCCGAGUUGCCGAUUUAAACGAUGAAAAGAAUAUUUUUUCAGGGAAUGGUGAUGAGAAAGAAAUCAUGUCUGCUGUGAGAAAUACCGAAAUUCAUGAAAGUCAGGGGCCAAGGAAGAUAUUUCAUAGCCUUGACACCAGUAUCUCAUUGGUAUCAGCCACUCGGCCGAAUGAAGCGGGGUUUGAAAGAGUCGAUGGGAAGACCAGCUUCGAUUUCGAAGAAAUUCAAUGCCAAGAAGACGAAAAGCUGGAAAGAGAACUGGUGGCAGCAUACAACGCAGAGUUUGGUACACAGAAUGUCUUAGGCGCACUGGAAGAAAGCGAGAGCGAGGAAAAUAUAUCCUCACAUAACUGUAAAAGCCUCUCCAAUGGUUCGGUAAGCAAUGACGAGUUAGUCGAAGCAGGCCCCUCGACUAAUAGCUCGGACCGUCCAGACAAUCCAGUUAGGUUUCAUGGCGACGAUGCAAGAGGAAAGAAGUGUUAUAAGACACACAAGGAUGGCGAGACAGAAACAGAUGAUCAGGAAUUACCUUGUCCACAGAGAGGCAAGGUUGGCGACAUUGCGGCAGAAUCUCAGAGCCAAAUACCUCCUAUUGCUCCACGAACGAGCCGUCGUCUGGACCAUGAUGAACCUGACCAGGCGCCGCAGCCAUUUUCUCAGGCAUCGUCGGGUUUUUCACUUGUACGGAAAUCAACUUCGGAACAGAAGGGCCGAGAAAAUCCCGUUCAAGUCCCCAAAGAGUAUGGGGAUGAAUCAUCUUCCACAGAGAGUGAUACGCCAAAAGAGCCAAAGGAUAAGGCGUACAGAAAGCUAGUCGAUCCAGAGGUCAUGGGUCGUCCUGUGCUUCCCAGUGGGAGCGUCAUUAACUCUACCACAUUGCAGGCAUCGACACAUACAUCGGAGCCGGACCAAGAUGCGCCUGCUCACCUUAGAAUAGAUGGCCUUAAUUCCCCAGCCGGCAAUCUUAUGCACGUUGGUUCGCCUUCCCAACUAAUUGCCGACCCGAGUACUUCAACCAUUCUAGGAGCCAAAUCUUCAGGACCUUCCGAGACUGGGAGACUAGAGAAAGUGAAGAAUACUUAUAUGAAGGCUAAACGCCGGCCGCCCAGGCUAUUCCACGACAAGACAGGAAGGGCCCCUUCAACGCCGCAUGGGACUCGGUCUAUAGGUUCCAUCGAGAGAGAUGAACAGUUGAAGUCGUCUGACGGAAUGAAAAGUCUGAAUCGACAGUACUCGACCAGUACACAAACAGCCGAGGGUAUGGGAAAGACAGACCAUCGUAGACCGAUAAAAGUGAUUCCAAUAUAA